AUGGUGGAGGGUACAGAGAAUCAUCGGGAUCUCUUGACUGGGUUGCUCCGGUCCAUUCGAUCAAGUGAUGAAAACGAUGCCCAGCAUCUCUUCCGGCUGAUUCGAAAUGAUGCGCCCCUGUCCACCAUCAACGCUUUCAUCGAUGAUAGUGUCAGAAAGCUGCGGGAAAACAGUCCGAAGACCGACGCCACCGUCGACGGGCUUCUCAAGCUGAGAGCCGAGGCCGCCAGUCUUGGAGAGCAGACAUCGCUGGCCAGGACUCGAAGGAAGACCAUGAGUGUCGAGCAGAUGACGGACGAACCCCUGUUCCAACUCACGGCAAGACCCUGGACGACAGUCACGGACGAUGACAGCCUCGUCUCACACCUGGUCUCCCUCUAUUUCACCUGGUGGAACACAUUCAUGCAUCCUCUCCACGAACCUUUUCUAAUCGAAGCCAUGGCAGCAGGUGAUACCAUGAGUCCGCUCUGCUCCUCUUUCCUGGUGAACGCCCUCCUGGCCCUCUCUUGCAGCUACUCCGACUUACCUGGGGCCUUCGCUGACCCUGACGAUCCGGAUACUUGGGGCGAGCAUUUUUAUGACGAAGCCAGGCGCCUGUGGGACCGCGAGGAAGGCCGCACUUCCAUGACCAACUUGCAAGGCCUGUACCUCUUGAUGCUGUACCAAAAUAUGCGCGGAAAAGAUCAGCUUGGCUGGUCGACCAUGUCGCAGGUGAUUCACAUGUACCAAGAACUGGGUCUCUGCAGCCAGAUCAAACUUCCACGUGAUUGCCCUGCCGAGUCGGUGGACAAAAUGAAAACGGCCAUGUUGAAUGUCUCCUGGUCGGUCUUUACCUGCAACACGAUAUUUGCCAUUUUCCUUCUCAAACCCCCUACGCUGCGACCACCUACAGUGGCGCGCCCUUUCACCGGAGAAGACCUUCUAAGGUCGGUGGAGUGGAAACCAUAUCCGCGCGCAGAGAGAACAGAGCCGCUGUAUGGAGAAAGUCUUGUCAACGCCUAUUGUGACUUGGCUGAGAUAGCAUACGAGGUAGCCUUAAGCGUGCCCUUUACAGAGCAUGCCGACAGGAAUGUACCCCUGCAGCUGAUGGUGAGGUUACGUGACUGGCAUGGCAAUCUACCGGCCGCGUUGCAAGCCAGCCCUGAGGCGCCAGGACCACUGUUUGAGUUACACGCCAUUUACUAUUCGUGCGCUCUUACCUUGAGUGAGGUUUCUGACCGCCAAACUUCUCCGGCCACUUCGCCUGCUCCAGCUGCUCUCGACAUGCUGCCGACCGUCGGCAUGACUGCUCGCAGCACCUCCCUCCUCUUGAUCCAUCAAAUGUUGCCCCUGUAUCGACAGUUCCGCCAAACAUACGGCCUCAUCCGUGUGAUGGCAGGCAGCUGCCAGACGGCGGCAGUUGCUUAUUUUAUUCUGCUGAAAGCACUGCGCGACCCGUCAGGUCAGUCGGAGGAGAAUGAGGAGGCCCUCAUUGACCUGACGAUGCACUUGAUGAUGGGUGCACGGCGCUGGUUGGUUUAUGCCGGUAUGCUCCGAAUGUUGCGACCGACGGCGCAGUUGAUGGGGGUUAAGCUCCCUCGGAGACUGAACGAGAUACUGGACGAGUUCGACAAGACAGUGUGGACGGCGGGCGCACAUAAACGAAUCCGAAGCGUCUAUCCGAACCUGGCUCUUGUCAAAAAAGACGCUGCGGACGGCGAGGACAUCACGAUGGGCGAGUUGCUGGCGAGGUGGGAAGCAGUUUUAAUGGAUGACCAGAUGGAAAAUCAUGAAGAUGACUAG